AUGACACGCGAGGAGAAUGAGGUGAAGCUUCUGCGGUUGGCGUGUGAGGAGUGCUGUCCAGUGUCAGUGAAGAAGACAGACCUUCUUGCAAAGCCGAAUCUGAUAUGCGUCGGAACUGAACACGUGGCGCUGUCGCCUCUUGAUAUCGAUGCACAAGCGACUAAGAUUGAGCGAGGCAAGCUCCUAUGCAAUGCGUGCGGCACUGCAGUGGGCUAUACGACUGCAUCCGCCCCACGCAGAGGUCAUGCUUUCGAUGGGGAACAUCGGAACUGCAACCACGAACAGGACCAAGCCCAAUCACAAACGACGCGACAGCAUGGACACUGCUGCGAACCAAGCGAACCGGAAGCAAAUGACGAAGUGGCAGAGUUCUGUUUCAUGAAAUACAGAUCGACGGUGAAAGGCUACAGCGCCGAUACAGUAGCGUCAGACAUCUUCUGGCGCCAUACGCAAGUAUCGUUGAUAGCGGCCAGCAUUGAACGUGUCUGCAAGAAAGACGGUAUCCAUAGAUUUCUGGUGGAGGCGCACGACGAGGGCAGUAGCAAUACAGACAACACAGGGGGUCCCUUUGCGGGUCAGCGGGCUAACACCGCCGCCAACGUCGAGCUGGUCGUUGUUGUCAGAGAGUUUUUCCCUAUCUUCAUUCCGAGUAAAGCUCAACAGGUGGAUGCCGACGGAUCAACAAAGCUCAGAAGCCGACCGGCGCAAUUGCAGUGUCGGGCUAUGAAGGCGUUGGGGCGUUCUUAUGAAGCUGGACUAAUAUCAGGACACUUUGUUUGGCUGAACUAUCUGCCCCGUCGAUCCGGUCUGCUCUUGUCACGCGAAGCGAGUGGAAACUUGCUCAACGUGCCCCGGGCUUCGAACCAAUUUUUGAGCGGUCCGAUCCGGCACCCGGCAGGCGGCCUCCCUCCUCAUUUGCACGGUACGAGGUGCCGCCCCCGGAUGGGGCCAAACUAG